AUGAAGAAAGUUGGUGAUGGAGUUGGUAAAAAGCUGCUGGCCAGCAUGAAGAAAGACAUGCAGCUUGCAGAGCAUGCAGGUGAAGAGAAGCCACCAUUGCCACCACCAUCAGAACAUCCUUUGAUGGGCCUAGAGGUCAGAAUCACAGAUGAGCAGGCUGGGCCCAAAUCUUUUGGAAAGACAGGGACAUUGAGCAGCAUCAAUGAGCACAAGGCCACUGUCUUCACAGCCAGUGGCACCAUCAGCUGUGACAGAAACUACAUUGAGGAAGAAAGGGCAGAGUGGAAGAAGCCAGUGCAACAGAAGCAGUUCAACUCCUUGAGCAGAGCAGUGAUGCAGAAGAUUUUGGAUGCCAUGGCUUGUUUCCCCCAGGCCUUUGUCGAGUACUCAUUGCAGCUGCAGCCCAUUGGAGCAGAUGGGUAUCUAGAAGAUGAGCAUUUAGUUGCAGCUUGGGAGUGGGUGAGAUACAGCUUGAAGAUUCCAGAUGAGGUGCAGAUGCUGGAUCCAGCUUUGGUAGCCAGAUUGAGCACCACUUUGCUCAGUGAGGAUGAGGAGACAUUUCAGCAUCUCCAGGCAAGCAUUUUGAGUUUUGCAUCAGGUGUGGAGAUGCUCCUUUGCCCAAUCCAGGGCCAUAGUCCUGCACAUUGGACAUUGCUGGUGAAGGAUUCAUCAGGCUGGAGAUACUAUGAGACUUUGAGCAGCUUGCACAAAGAGUGCCAUCAGAGAGCAGUUGCUUUGAUCAGCUUGUUUGAUUCAGUGGAGAAAGAUCAAGUCCAGCUCCAGCGAUGCAAUCACAUCAAGCAAAAAAAUGCAGAUUGUGGCUUUUUUGUCAUUGCUUACAUGGAGCAGGAGGCAUGCAGAAGCACAUCAGGUCCAGCCAGCAGAGGCUGGCCAGACCAGCUGCAGAGUGAUUGGAAGAUCAAGGUGCAGAAGCUUCAGAAGGCAUUGCAGGCAGAGUUUGAUAAGCUGAUGAAGGCCAAGCAUGAGGCUGAGAAACAAGCAGCAUCUUUGAAAAAAAAGCAGGAAGAUGCACAUACCAAAGCAUCAGAGAGACUGAAGAAGUUGAAAGAUCACAAAAGUGCAGCAGCAUUAGAUGCCAUAGCCAACAUGACAAAGAAUUCCCAGUUUUUCAGAGUCAAGGAUUUAUCAGACCAUGCAGUUUAUCAGAUUCAGCGUGCAGAUGAGAAGCUGACAAAAUGUGGAAGCUGCAGGUAUCAAACUGGUUGCUUGAGGUGUGAUGCAGCCAAAGCCCUCAGCUACCACAUCAGAAAUGAAGCUCAGAAGGCCAAUAAAGUGCCAAAGUGGGAAGGACCAGGGCUGAAGGGGAUGGUGCGAGGGAUGUUGUUGGUUGUUGUGGUGGUGGUGGUGGUGGUGGUUGUGGUGGUGGUGCUGCUGCUGCUUGCUCAAGUGGAAGCAUCAGGAGAAGAGAAGGAAGAGGACUAA